AUUAUCUGUUGAAAUCGUUCUCUUUAUUUCAGACUAAAAUGGAAGAUAUCUUUCACGGUGGUUUUUACAGUGAAGCGGCUUUUGACAACGCGUUUACGGUGGACGCCUUGACUCCGGAGAACCGUUCCGGGUUUGGCCUUACCGAGCAGCAAUUGAACUCGCUUGUCAAAUACAGGGAGGUCGAUUACCCUUCGACAGCCAACACUAUGCGAUACCACGAAUUAUCCGCAUACCCGUACGAGAAAAUACCGGAAGGCCAGACUUCAAGUGAUAUGCUCCAAAACGGAACAACAACUGGGUUAGAAGUAUUGGACGAACUCUGUUUGUCGAGUAACACCUUGGAUGAUACACGACGCUCGGAAGCACCACAAAUUGACGGCUGCACGAGGCAAGGCCGCGGACAGCCAUUGAAAAAAAUGCGGCGCCUUCGUGCGAACGACCGCGAGAGAAGAAGAAUGAGAUCGCUGAAUAGAGCGUUAGAAAGCCUAAAAAAAUGUCUACCCGUGCCGCAGAGUAAACGGCGGGUCACAAAGCUGGAGAUCCUCCGGAUCGCUUGUAAUUACAUCCGAUCGCUUUCCGACACUCUGAGCGAAGAUUCGCGAAGUAACGACAGCCCAAGCCGAGGAAGAAAGUCGAGAUCCCGCGGGAUUGCAGGUGAUCCCGUUGUAAACGGGUUUUCCGUAGCUCAAAGGCUAGAGAUUCUAUCUGGAAAUAACACAAACCGCAUUUAAAGGGACGAAAUUCUUAUGUUUACCUAAUGACUGUCUAUAGUUUGCAUACGUGUUUAAUUAAAUAACUUUGUUUUGAAUUAAACCAGAGAUGGUCGAGUCUGUUCUGGUAAACAAGAAUGCUUUUUAUUAUUGCUCAUCUUCACAAAACAUAAGGUGUGUUUUUGCUUCUUUUUUCUCAAUCAAAAACACACCGCGAACACUCGCGAGUCUUCGCGAAAGGCGCUAGUGACGUCAUCUUGCUGACGCCAGAAGAAAUCGUCUUGUUGCUAAGUAACUACUUCUUUGACUAAAACCGCUGGUUAAUUUAAGUUCACUAAAUUAGUAUAUCUAGAAGUUCGCCUAUAAGACCCCUUUUACGCACAUAUACAUCGUAUCUAAUUCAUUGGAACUUAAUCCAUGACAUUAUAUAUUUUUAUGACAUUAUUUUGUCCUAAAUUUUAAAUGUAGUGGCGAAAAUAUACCGUCUUUAAACUGAAACCGUAAUCGAAGAACACGGCGCUUGGCUGUUCGUUUUGUUGAGUGGCUUUGCAUAUUAUGUAAAAAAACCCCAGUUAAAACUGGCAUCUAUAUUGAUA